AUGGCGGAAGAAAACCCGAACUUCCAGUACGCUUUGCGGGACUUGGACCGGGAGCUGGAGGAUGGCGAUAUCACUGAGAAAGGGUACCAAAAACGACGCACUCUCCUUCUGUCACAAUUCCUCGGCCCAAAUAAACCACUCGAAAUCAAUACAAACGCCGAUUACGAAAGUUCCUCGAGUGGAGGACAUAUGGGUCCGCCAGCGAUCUUGAAUGUCCGACCACCCACGGCGGAGUCUUCACAGACUGGCUUGGCGUCUCCAACCUAUGCUGGCGGGUACGAUGGAAUGCAAGGCGGAUCGUUCGGGUACAACCAUGGUGUUAGCAUGGAUAUGCACAAUGCGUCAGCGGCCACCGCCGGGGCUUAUGAUAGGGAUAAUAUGGGAAUGUUACAAGCUCAUGAUCGGGUGCCAUCUUCCUCGUCGUACGAUUCGCUAUUCCUCCCCAGGCCUAUGCCCCCGGGUGUCCAAGGCCCCGAUGGAUCAAGAACGGCCACUUUGAUGAGCCAGAACUACGCCUUCACCCCAGAUGCUCAGCCUGAGUACGUGGAUGAUGGAAUGGGUGCCUAUGACCCAGCCUCUGGUGGAGUCACGCGACAAUCUACAAUGCUUGAUUCUCAACAGGGAUUCUUCUCUGACUUUGCAGGCCAACAACACGAAGACUACCGGGAAAGCUACGGAGGAGGGUUUCAUCGUUACUCCCAGUCAGGGGAAGCCUUCUCCCCUACAGCAAAUAUGGCUCCUCCGUUUAUCCCUCCCUCAGAACUUCAUCAUGGGCCAGCCAUCGAGCACCUCAUGCCCCUCGAACCUCGAGAUAUUCCGUUUGCCGUCAACGAUCCACACGACAAGAAUAUCCCCAUGUCCAACUUUGAAAAUCUGCCGGCCGUCCUCCGCCACAGGGCCAGGGCCCACCCUAAACAGCCGGCAUACUGGGUAUUGGAUCAAAAGGGCAAAGAAAUCGCAUCUAUCACUUAUGACAAACUGGCUAGCCGAGCAGAGAAGGUUGCACAGGUCAUUCGCGAUAAGAGUAAUUUGUAUCGUGGAGACCGAGUUGCGUUGAUCUAUCGUGACACGGAGAUCAUCGAGUUUGCUGUCGCUCUCAUGGGUUGCUUCAUCGCAGGAGUAGUUGCAGUUCCCAUCAAUAGUCUGGACGACUAUCAAACUUUGAACCUAGUGCUCACAUCUACUCAAGCACAUCUCGCUUUAACCACUGAGAACAAUCUGAAAGGCUUCCAGCGGGAUAUUACCGCACAGAAGCUCAACUGGCCGCGCGGAGUCGAAUGGUGGAAGACAAACGAAUUCGGAAGUUUCCAUCCCAAGAAGAAGGAUGAUACGCCCGCUCUUAUCGUCCCGGACUUAGCAUAUAUCGAGUUUGCUCGAGCUCCUACAGGCGACAUGCGUGGUGUAGUGAUGAGCCACCGAACUAUCAUGCACCAGAUGGCUUGUCUCAGUGCCAUCGUUUCUUCUGCGCCCACUGAUGCCAGCGCCAGGCAAUUCGCAGCCAAAGGUGAAACCCUUGUCAGCUAUCUCGACCCAAGACAAGGAAUCGGAAUGAUUUUGGGUGUUCUCAUGACUGUAUAUGGUGGUCAUACAACUGUCUGGCACGAGGACCGGGCUGUCGAGACCCCUGGUCUGUACGCUCAUAUAAUCACCAAAUAUCGAGCGACAAUCAUGGCCGCCGAUUACUCUGGACUUAAGAUCGCCACCUACAAUUACCAGCAGGAUCCUAUGUCUACCCGGCAUUACAAAAAGAACGCAGAGCCUAAUUUCAGUAGCGUCAAGCUUUGUCUCAUUGAUACGCUGACUCUUGAUCCUGAGUUUCACGAAAUUUUGGCCGACAGAUGGUUGCGACCUAUGAGAAAUCCACGGGCAAGAGAAAUCGUUACUCCAAUGCUUUGCUUACCGGAACAUGGCGGUAUGGUUGUCAGUAUGCGCGACUGGGUGGGUGGUGAAGAACGAAUGGGUUGCUCUUUGACACAUGAGAUGGACCCUGCUCAACGUGGUACCUCGAAAGGUGACGAUGAGAAAUUUGAGAAAUCCGAAACCAAUACUGGCUUUGGUAGCAGUCUUCUUGGUGGCGGUUCUCGCGUCUCUGUGCCUAAACAGACCGCGAAGAACGAACUGAGUGAGGUUCUUCUUGAUAAGGAAGCCUUGAAGAGCAAUGAAGUUGUUGUUCUCGCCAUGGGCGAGGAUGCCCGAAAAUAUGCAAGCAGUAUGCCUCAUGCUGUUCGCAUCGGCGCCUUCGGUUACCCACUCCCAGAUGCCACGCUGUGUGUUGUAGAUCCAGAAACCAAUCUUUUGUGCACCCCGAAUGUGGUUGGAGAAAUUUGGGUAGACUCGCCAUCUCUAUCCGGAGGCUUCUGGGCGCUGCCAAAGCAUACAGAAGCAAUCUUUCAUGCCCGACCCUACAAGUUCGAAGAUUCCAACCCCACGCCUGUACUUGUCGAACCCGAGUUCCUGCGAACUGGCUUGCUAGGCUGCGUUAUCGAGGGAAGGAUAUUCGUGUUGGGUCUUUACGAAGAUCGACUGCGCCAAAAGGUUGAAUGGGUUGAGCACGGCCAAGAACUUAUCGAGCAUCGUUACUUCUUUGUCCAACACUUGGUUGUCAGCCUCCUGAAGAAGGUUCCUAAGAUCCACGACUGCACGGCAUUCGAUGUAUUUGUCAAUGACGAGCAUUUACCCGUCAUUGUACUAGAGUCUUACGCAGCCUCGACGGCACCAACGACAUCUGGAGGGCCCCCACGACAGCUGGACUCAGUACUUCUUGAUUCACUAGCAGAGAGAUGUAUGGAGGUUCUUUACCAGGAACACCACUUGCGUGUUUACUGUGUUUUGAUCACAGCCCCCAACAGUCUUCCUCGCGUAACAAAGAGUGGCAGACAGGAAAUCGGCAACAUGCUUUGCAGAAAAGAAUUUGAAGCCGGCAUGUUGCAGGCUGUGCACGUCAAGUUUGGUGUCGAACGAUCGGUAAUGAAUCUACCCGUCGGUGUUGACCCCGAGGGUGGUAUCUGGUCCCCACUCGCGCUUGCUUCAAGACAGGAGAUUCUUGCCUACCAAGAGAAGCAAUAUUCCGGGGUGGAUUAUCGAGAUGUUGUCAUGGAUGACCGAACGUCGACACCACUGAAUAAUUUCAAGACAAUUGUGGAUCUUCUACAAUGGCGUGUCUCACGCCAAGCCGAAGAAUUGGCUUACUGCUCUAUUGAUGGUCGUGGGAAGGAAGGCAAAGGCAUCACUUGGAAGAAAUUUGAUCUCAAGGUGUCAGCAGUAGCCACCUACCUGAAGAACAAAGUCAAAGUGCGGCCUGGCGAUCAUUUGAUUCUGAUGUACACCCACUCGGAAGAGUACAUCUAUGCGGUUCAUGCAUGCUUUUGUCUAGGUGUUGUUGUCAUUCCGUUAGCUCCGAUUGACCAAAAUCGCCUGUCAGAAGAUGCACCUGCAUUCCUCCAUGUGAUUAGUGACUUCAACGUCAAGGCUAUCAUUGUCAAUACUGAUGUCGACCAUGUCAUGAGACAGAAGCUUGUCUCUCAGCACAUUAAACAGUCUGCCCAAGUUCUGCGAAUUGGUGUCCCGGCGAUUUACAACACGACAAAGCCUUCGAAACAGUCACAUAGUUGCCGUGAGCUUGGAUACACGAUAAAGGAUACAUGGCUCAAUAGUAAACAACCUGCUAUGGUUUGGACCUAUUGGACUCCGGACCAACGACGAAUCUCUGUCCAAAUCGGACAUGAUACGGUAAUGGGAAUGUGCAAAGUGCAGAAAGAAACUUGUCAGAUGACAAGUUCCAGACCAGUACUUGGAAGUGUGCGCAGUACUCUAGGUCUUGGUUUCCUCCACACUUGUUUAUUAGGUAUCUACGUUGGUGCACCUACUUACCUCGUUUCGCCUGUCGACUUCGCCCAAAAUCCGAUGACCCUUUUUGUAACGCUUUCGCGGUACAAGAUCAAGGACACUUAUGCAACUGCCCAGAUGCUGGAUUAUGCCAUCAGCGCCAUGGCAGCAAAGGGUUUCCAGCUUCAAGAGCUCAAAAAUUUGAUGAUCUCAGCGGAGGGUCGACCUCGAGCCGAUAUCUACCAGAAGACUCGCUUGCAUUUUGCGACUGCCAGUCUGGAUCGUACGGCCAUCAACGUUUCUUAUUCUCACGUCCUCAACCCUAUGAUUGUCACCAGAUCCUACAUGUGCAUUGAACCCAUUGAACUGUACCUAGACAUCCGCAGCCUUCGCCGUGGUCUGAUCUACCCUGUAGACUCCGAUGCAGAUCCUACUGCUCUCUUGGUACAAGAUUCUGGAAUGGUGCCUGUCAACACACAAAUUGCAAUUGUCAACCCUGAGACUUGCACUCUCGCCCAUGUCGGUGAAUAUGGUGAGAUCUGGGUCCAGUCCGAUGCUUGCGCCACAGGAUUCUACCGGUCGAAGAACGAGUUUGAUGCCGAGAGAAUGAAUGGUCGCGUUGCAGACGGAGAUCCCGGCGUACCUUAUGUUCGAACCGGCGAUCUGGGCUUCCUUCAUACUGUGACUCGGCCCAUUGGCCCCGGUGGCCAGGCUGUCGAAAUGCAGGUUCUGUUCGUUUUGGGAAGUAUUGGUGAGACAUUUGAAGUCAACGGCCUGAAUCACUUCCCAAUGGAUAUCGAAAACUCGGUGGAAAAAUGCCAUCGGAAUAUUGUGAAUGGAGGAUCAGCUAUCUUCCAGGCAGGUGGAUUAAUUGUAGUGGUAGUCGAAGUUACACGAAAGGCAUUCCUGGCUUCCCUUGUUCCUGUCAUCGUCGACGUGGUUCUGAAUGAGCACCAAGUGGUCGCAGACAUCGUGGCCUUUGUCUCACAUGGUGAUUUCCCUCGAUCGCGUCUCGGUGAGAAACAACGUGGUAAGGUUCUGGCAUCUUGGGUCACUCGCAAACUACGCACAAUUGCUCAAUUCAGUAUUCGCGACAUGGAUGGCCAUCCGUUUGCAGAGCUCCCGCAACAUCGUGCUAGCCGAGGCUCUAAGCCUGGAAGUACGAUGGACAAUAGCACUCGGAGAUCAACAAUGAACCCCGAAUCGGAAAUAUCUCCCAUGCCGCUAUCUCCUGCGCCAGUAGUCCUUGAGGAAACAAUCAUCCCACCAGAGCCGUACCGUGACGGACUAUCCCGGAAAAAUCUCCCAGAGCUUGACACCCGCACCGAUCGAAAGGUUUCUGCAACACCUGUCCCCGAACCAACAUCCGCUGUACCUUACAUCCAGGAACCGCAAUCUGCUACGAUCAUGUCUGCGGAUGAUGAUCACCACUUCGACUUUUCCGAGCAUGCGCAUGAUAAUGGACACUCAGACGAACCCCGGGAUUUCCGAUUCAGCUUUGAUAUGGUCGACACUCCUAUCGACCCUAUUCCACAAGAUUCAUUCCAUUCAGAAAAUGGACGACCCUCCACUGGCCGCGACUCUCUGCCUGGUCAACAGCCUGGUAUGUAUAGUGGCGGAGCCAAUGCUACAGGCUACCGUCCUGGUACUCAAGACAGUGGCGUCAUCGAUGAUUGGCCACAAGAAGCCCUGAUGUACCAGUCGUCGUAUGGCGGAGAUGAACAUCAUCAAGAUUAUCAUCGUCGUCCGAGCACCCAGAGCGCUAGUGCAAGACACCGCUAUGAUGGCGGAGGCUACCUGUAA